GGAAGGUCGCGAGACUUGUCAUGCAGGUUUUCUAUGACGCGUGAGGCUGAGGUCUGUCAGAUCUCAAUCUCAUCUAGCAUGACAGAUUCUGCGCGACCUCUAUCAUGCCUCACCAGCAUGAGAAACUGCCUCCCAACUUGAUCAAAAGUGGCCAGCUUUUGGCAAUCACGCAACACAGAUUUUUGCACUAUCCAGAAUUAGCAUGACAACUGCCAGCGUUCCAGACCCAGACAUAUUUGCACUGGAUAAAGACUGGAUCAAAUAUUUCGCCUCCACCGUGGCGAUUCUGGGCGACGCUAGGGCUAUCGAGGAGUCGAUUACAGUGAGCUACAUGUGUAUGCAAAAAAAAAACGGUGUAAGUGUAACUUUGUGUUGCAGAGGAUGCAAGACACCUAGACUUGUCAUGCUGGACAUCCGUCAGAGGUUCUUUUGUUUUCGUGUACUAGCUACGCAUGGGCGGUUUUCUCUGUCAUGCAGAGCAAAUCUGUGUUGUUCCUCCAAGAAAUAAGCUACACUUUCACAAUUUUUUUCCUGGAUAAUGCGGCGGGAAAAUCCGGGAUUCACGGUGGCUUUUUCGCCCGGGGUGUUUCGACACAAAAGGGUCGACCGAGCCAGGUAUCUAGAGGUUGUGGAGGAUGAGGUGGACGUGGAGUAAAAGCAAUUUAAUCUUCAGCGCCAGAGCUGACUAAACAUAAAUGUGCUGAUGGACGAUGACGAAAAAUAGGAAUGACAAUGAAGUGCUGGCGCGACGAGGACUCUCUUGGGAAAUAUGCCACGCCUGCUCAUUGUCCUCGCAACAAACUACACAAAGACACAAGGUCAAAAUCGGACAAUAAAA